AUGAGAACUUUCCGCGCUGUGGUGGCGCUGCGUCGAAACCUAACAAUCCCCUUUCUUCGUCGCCAUCUCUCCACUUCCUCCGGCAACGCCGCCUUCUGCUUCUCCCCCACUCAUUCUGUGAAGACUUCCCCAGUUCCUCUGGCUCCGCCGCGGCUAUGCCGAACCCUAACGAUCCCCUUUCUUCCCCUCCACUUCUCCACUUUCUCCGCUAAAGCUGCCUCCACCAAUACCAAGUCUUCCGACGACGCUGUUGCCGGUGCAAAGUCCGCCAUCCGAUCCGAGUCCAACCCCGACCGCCUCGUCUCCCUCUUCGAGUCGUCCGCGCACCACCCUUCCUUCUACGGUGAUCGCGAAAUUUAUAAAUCUGCGGUCAAGAAGCUCGUUCGAUUCGGCCGCCGUGACCUCGUCGAGCGCAUCCUCGAGGGCGCCAAGUCCAACGCCGACAUCUCCAAGUCGGAGGGAUUCUUGAUCCAUUUUAUCACCCUCUACUCCGUCGCUGGAAUGAUCGACCACUCCGUGCGCCUUUUCGAGGCCAUGCCUAGCCUCGGCUGCAAGCGUUCUGAGCGCUCGUUCUGCGCCCUGUUGUCGGCUUUUCUGGAGAAUAAGCAGGUUGAUCGCAUUCAGGAGGCCAUCGACCGAUGUGCCAAAGAGUACAGCAUCGUCCCAGGCAAUAAGUCUUACAAUGUUCUCCUCAAAGCUCUCUGUUCUAGCUCCAAGGUUGACGAGGCAUUUGCUUUGCUCGAUGAAAUGCCUGCAAAAGGAGUCGAGCCUGACAUCGUCUGCUAUGACAUCGUUUUGGACGGAUAUCUUGAGAUGAGGGACGAUUCUGGAUUCGAAAAAGUUCUCGAGGAGAUUGGCAAGAAAAAAUUUCGCCAAACUUUGAACACCUAUAAUUGUAGGAUUGCAGCAUUAUGUGCAAAAGGUAAGAGCUCUCAGGCUGAAGAAUUGUUGGAUGUGAUGCAAUCAGAUGGAGUCCAUCCAAACAAAACAUGCUUCUAUUCCUUGAUUGUUGGGUUUUGCGAAGAAGGGAAUCUAGACUCCGCUUGGGAGGUAUGGGAGAGGAUGAAAGGUAUCGAAAGACCUAAUGGUACUUGUCUGUCGCUUGAUGGUUACACAUACAACACUCUACUGACCAGUUUGGAAAAGAAAGGAGAGCAACUGAAGAUGUUCAAGGUUUAUAUGGAAGAAGAUUUAGGAUUUGAAAAGGACAUGUCAACAGGACUUUAUAAUAGGUGA